CUAAUGAUUACGAAUGUGAAUCCAUUGGAAGAAGCUUCGUCCUUCUUGUUUGACUUGGAAGGUACAGAAAAAAAUUCCAAAACAACUCAACCAUCUCUAACCCUAAUUCGCAUUCCUCACCUACCAUUCUCCUUCUUUUCACUUCAAUUUCUGCGUUGAACAAUCAAUCAACACUCUCUCUUUUUUUUUUUUUUUUGCUUUUGAUUUUACAUCCCACAAAAACCACAAAGGAACAAUGAGUUUCCAAGAUCUUGAAGCUGGUAUACGGCCUUCUUUGCGACACAAGGAUUCGGGGAAGAAGAAUAAUCAGCUCCAAGAGGACCCUUCUCAGGCUGUGGCCGCUGGGAUUUUCAAAAUCAACACCGCUGUUUCUUCUUUCUAUCGUCUUGUUAAUUCUCUUGGCACCGCCAAAGACACCUUGGAAUUACGCGACAAACUGCACAAGACGAGGCUUCAAAUUGGGCAAUUGGUGAAAGAUACUUCCGCUAAACUCAAAGAAGCUAGUGAAACUGAUCAUCAUGCAGAUGUUAGUCCUAUUAAGAAGAUUGCUGAUGCUAAACUUGCAAAGGAUUUUCAGUCUGUUCUUAAAGAGUUUCAAAAGGCUCAAAGACUUGCAGCUGAGAGAGAAACAACCUAUGCCCCAUUUGUUCCCAAGGAACUACUUCCAACCAGCUACACUGCCCAAGAACUGGAGAUAGGUUCUUCAAGGAGUCCUGAGCAACAGACUUUUCUUCUAGAAUCCAAAAGACAAGAAGUUUUACUCUUGGACAAUGAGAUCACUUUCAAUGGAGCAAUUAUUGAGGAACGAGAUCAUGGUAUUAAAGAAAUUCAGGAACAGAUUAGUGAAGUAAAUGAAAUUUUUAAAGAUCUAGCUGUCCUAGUUCAUGAGCAAGGAGCUAUGAUUGAUGACAUUGGGUCUAAUAUUGAGAGUUCUCAUUCUGCAACUGCCCAAGGAACCACUCAACUUGCGAAGGCAUCCAAGAUUCAAAGAUCCAAUUCAUCAAUGAUCUGCUUGCUGAUUCUGAUAUUUGCGAUAGCUCUGAUCAUUGUCGUAAUAGUUGUUGUGGCCUGAAUGGUAAAACUACUAUUUCUCGACAUGGAUUCAAAGGAGGAUGUACAUUUUGAUCUUUGCCCAAGUUUUGAUUGGCUGGAGCUGCUUCAUAACCAGUGUUUGCCCCAUACGAAAGGUGAAAAAAAGAGCAAUCAAGAUCUGUUCGCGGAUGGUGAUGAAUUGGAUUAUACCCGUUAUAUUGCUCUUUGUUUCAUUAAUUAAAUUUGAAAUUUAAACUCUCUGCAUAUCCUUCGCAGUAAGUUGACCACUUGUUUCAUAGUUAUACAAGAUGAAUUGGACUGUAUCACAUUGAAUGAAAAGUGUCUGGUUUCAUUUCUCUUUAA